CCGUCUCCGGAGCGACCAUGGCGCUGAACGGCGGUGAGGAACCGGCGGGACCGUCCCGGGACCCCGGGCGGGGAUCCCCCCGGGAUUAACGGGAGUCACCAUGGAACCAGGACCGGGACUGGGACCCCGAGCGGGGAUUCCCCCCGGCGCGGACGAGGCCGAGGCGCGGCGGGAGCGGCUGGACCGGGCGAGCCGAGCCAUGGGGGCGCUGCUGCUGCGGGGGUACCGAAUGUUGGGGAGCUCCUGCCCGCAGUGCGGGACCAUUCUGCUGCAGGACCGGGAGCAGCGGCUGCUCUGUGUGACCUGCCAGGACCCCGAGGGGCCCGGGGGGGGCAACGCUCCCGCCCCUCCCCCCGCCCCCUCCCCCGCCGCCCCCCGGCCCGAGCACUGCGAGGGAGCGGCCGCCGCGUUUCGGGGGGCUCGGGCGGGCCCCCCCGGGUCCCCGGGCGGCGCGGUGGGCGCGGCGCGGGCGGCCGUGCUGCAGAAGCUGCUCUGGGCCGCGCAGGAGCUGCCCCGAACCGCCUCGGCCGAGGGCAGCGCGCAGCUCUGCCAGCUGGUGCGGGCCUGCGCCGACGCGCUGGGGGGGCUGCAGGCGCUGGAGACCCCCCUGGGGGCCGCGGAGCCCCCCCCGACAUCCUGAGAGACCCCUCCCCAAAAAUAAACCCACGCUGGAUCCCC